AAGGACUAGUUAAUUAGAAUAUCCAAUUUCCUCUCGUUCGUUUAACCCAUUUAGUUUCUGAUUGGCGAGUAUUUUAUAGAUUCAACGAUUGUAUAAUUUCGUCCUGGACAUUACUUGAGGUCUAAGUACGAAUUUGUGUGCCAAUAUUUAUUGUCUCAAGAUAUUUAUCAUAUUUAUUUAAGAAAAGUUAUAACUGUUUAUAAAUGUUUAAAUUUUUUAGCUGUUAAGGAGCCCUACAGACGCCUCAAAAUUUAAGGACAGUCUGAACUCUCAGACUUUGAACUACAGAAUUUUUUUUCUUUAUAUUUGUGAAUGAAUGUUUACAAUAACAAUUACGAAGCCGUUUUUAUAUUGUUAGAAUUAUUGAGCCGAUUGAGCUAUAAUGAUUGUGAUAUUCAAUUUACCCGGACUUAUAUUUUCACGCGUUAGAUUGUCGCUGUCUAAAUCGCUUUUCCUGGAUUUAAAAUAUCGUGGUGCCAUCUGACCCAUUUUCCGCGUAUAUAUUGAUAGAUAAUGAAUAUGCCACAUCGCUAAUUAUUUAACGCUAGUCAGUGACCACCGCAUUUUGCGUUAAUCGUGCAGUGUGACUACACGCUCAGGACUUCAAGAUUUCGUCUAUUGAACCGCCUCUCACCGUUCGUCAACUCCACACCUCUCCAACAAUAAAUUCAAUUCCUACAUUAUGAAGCCCUUGGGAAUCCUGAUCUGCCUUUCCCUGCUGCUGGCAACGUCUCGAGCUGGUCCUGGACUUCUAAUCCCUCUCUACACAUACCCGACCGAACCCACUUGGGAAGCUCUGAAAUCAGCUGCUGCCUCCAACCCAUCCGUCCAAUUCGUGGCCAUCGUGAACCCAAAUAGCGGUCCUGGCAGCAAUCUGGACAGCACUUACGUCACCAGCAUCGCCAGCCUCACACAGGUGGGAGUGAAGUGCAUCGGGUACGUCAGGACGGACUACGGGGCCAUCCCCGAAGACACCGUCAGAGGAAACAUGGACAAAUACACAUCCUGGUAUCCCCAAAUAUCCGGUUUCUUCCUGGACGAAAUGGCUCACUCCGAAGGGAAGGAGUCGUACUACGCCUCCCUGACAGCUCACGCUAUUUCCACCGGCAAACCCUUCACCAUGGGCAACCCUGGCACCUCAACAACACGAAAAUACUUCGAUACUGUCAACAAUACUGUCAUUUAUGAGACAACAAAUCUACCCCAGCUAUCAGCCCUCAAUCUUGGCUUUCCCAGUUCGGGUUGUUCGAUGAUCGCGUACGAUGUUUCCGCCUCUCAAGUCACUCAAUCCUACGUUGAUAGCGUCUUGCAGUACACUUCGCUGAUUUAUAUUACUGAUGACAAGCUUGAUAACCCCUAUGAUACGCUGCCAACGUAUUUUAAUCAACUCGUGGAAUAUGUGCGCGUUGCUAUCGCUUCUAAACAGUGAUAUUUGUUAUUAUCAUUCGUCAUCUACUUCCCCUGGUGAUCCGCCUUCAGGGGUAGGGAUGGACAGUUCAGUAAAUUCGAGCGAAUACCAUGUUAUAAUCUUUCCGUCAGUGUAAAGUAUAUACAACAUGUUAUAUACAAUAUAUAUUGUAUAUUAGAAAUAUAAUUUGAAUUUUUAAGGGAAAAAAGUGUAGUUACACGAUGUAUAUUCUACAGGAAAAAGUGAAAAGUUGUAGUUUUUAUAAAUAAGUGCAUUUGUUGUUGCUUGGAAAUCAUAAAUUUUAUUCUGUUGUCUUCAGGACUGCUACCAUUGUAUUUAAACGUUAUGUAAAUUGAUUGUUUAUUUUA